UUCACUUUCAUUGUUCUACAUCAGAAACAGCAACAGUCAGCUUUCAUAUAUAAGGCAGGCUAGAUAAAUGGCUAAUGAAUCUGUUAACUAAAGAAAUAAUGCUCUUGGGGAUAUUCUUUAGCCACGUUUACAGGCAGCCGUGAGCUUGAUGUAAAGUCAUAUAAAAAGUACUCUCCUGACUGUAGCCUUCCCUCGAUGCUGCAUUUGAGUUAUCAUUUAAAAUUAUUCACUGGUGUUCAAGAGUCGACUUUUUAACGUGCAGUAUUGUGAUUUUGAGGCUACGAUGUGCAGAGCUGAUACCCAUUUGUAAGUGCACGUGUAUUUUGUGUCUUAAUAAGCAAUAGUUUUAUACUCCCAGACUGGAUUCGGAACUAAUGUAUAUAGAUAAAUAGUUGGUUUAAGAAAACACAAGCCAGAUUGGAACUUGAGUUAGUUGCGGUUAGCUGGAAAGGCAACACUUUUGUUACCAAAGCGUGCAAUGACAAGCUGUAUAUUCUACAUGAGUUAUCAGCCAUACCGGGCAUACGUGCUGCUAAGUUCCCCAAUUGCUGAUUGAUUCGUUGUGACAUCUCUGAGUUAAGAGCUUGACAAACUUGUUUUCCGUCUUGUUUUUUUUAAAUCAACAGUUGCCAAGCAAGGCAGUGUGUAUCUCUUUAAGGGGCACUGCUGGAGGGGAGGAUUUGUGAGGCUGUCGCUUGAGGUGCAGUAGCAUGUAUUUCACAGGAGGGAGCUGUUGGCACGUUAUACGCGCGGAGGCUUUGCAACAACAGUGAGUGAGUAGACCCGAGGACUAGCAGUGCUGCAGGUAGACUGAGAGAAGCCGGGUGGACGGACCUGUACUUAUCCCACGCGUGCAAUGGGAGAGACGGUGGUGUGAUCCAUGGUCACCGAUUCCCAUUCAAAGGUGGGGCAAGUUCAGUCAGUUGUUCUGCCUGCGGAGAAAAGUGUGACAUUUGCAAUGAGGACUUGCAAAUUGAUCUUCCAGCCUGAUGUGAAGUGUUUUGUUUGGAGUUAAAAGUGCCGGCCGGGGUGACGGGAGUGCAGUCGUUCCACCGACCGGAGCGUUGUCCAGAGACAAGUGAGGAGAGUCGCCGUGUCCUACAACCCCUACCCACUCCCAAACCUCCGCCCCUUGGAUCCUGCCUGACUCCGGCUGCUGGUGUGUGGGUCGCUUCCUGAUAGAUCUCUUCAGACACUUCGGGACUGGGGAGAUUCCAACCUCCGGGGUAAGUUCCCUGGGGAAGACGGAACUGUCCACACGCACCCAGCCGUGCGCUAUCCCUUCACACCCCUUCUCCCAAAGUGUUUGGCGAGCCCCUUAGGGAUCUCUGAAAGGCUCCGGGGCCAGCAACAAAGUGAAAGGACAGUGCGGUUCACAGAAGGAGCCAUGGACUAGGCGUACGGAGGAGCCCGGAGCUGGGGCUGGGGAAGGGGGUGGGGGAAGGUCACUGAAGGUGCGAUGGCGAGAGGAUGAUCAGGAGGGGACCCAGCGAUGAGCCUGUUGCUACUCGGAACCUCUCCAACUUGCGCCGCCGCUUCCCAAGUGGUAAAUGGACAGAUUGCUUUCUGAAUUCGUUUGCAAAGCACCGAGUCGCGACCUGCCAAUGUCCUAAUCGGUGCAAGGAGGGCUGCCUCCGCUUCUGAACGUUUUGCCCUGUCGUUUGGUCCCCUGGUUAGGGAGGAGGAUGCGGCGCUGGGUGCUGACGCUGUCCGUGCUCUGGGCUGCCUCGGUGAGAAGCACCGGGAGCGGGCGGAGGGAACGGAGCGAAGGGACCAGGAAUUCUGCACCCAACCUGCAAGUUACUGGGUCUUCUGGUCGGCGGGGAGACGACUCCGGGCUUGCUCCUGCACUCGGGCUUCGGAACUGCUGCCUGUCUGACCUACCGGGGUCAACACAGCGAUGGGACUCCGCCCGGUCACCUCUCGAGUAUCGAUGGGACCUGUCAAAGACCCUCCGCGGGGACUCAAGCGAGAGGUUUCCCGGGGCAAUUGCACAAAGAUCUCCCGGGGGAAGUGGCUCCAGGCAGCUCGUCUCCGAUGGAAAGUUAGAUCCCGAGAGAUCUGCCUUGGUGGAAAGCAGCAGAGUUGGAAUUAGCCAUUCCCGGGAAUUGGGCAGGCUCUUCCCAACGAGUGGGAGGUCUAAACGAGGCACGGACGAGAUUAAAAACGAUGGCCAAGCAAGAGGCAGGAGACAGCGAGGGGGAAACUUGCAGCCUCGCAACUCCACGGGCUGGUAUGAGGCGCAAGAGCAGGAAACAGCGCUGCUCUCUCUCAACAGGUCGACGGAUGGCUCCAGCAACCGCACCAGAGCAGGUUUCACCAACACCUCCCUCAGCCACACCCUGGAGGAAGCCCCGGCCGUGUUGCCCCUCCAGGGACGAGGCAAGAGGCAGCAGCUGAAGAACCCGUUCUACCCCGUGACCGAGGAUUCCUAUGGAGCCUACGCCGUCAUGUGCCUCUCCAUCGUCAUCUUCGGGAUUGGCAUCAUGGCGAAUUUGUCCAUCAUGUGCAUCGUUUGCCACAAUUAUUACAUGAGGAGUAUCUCCAACUCCCUGUUGGCCAACCUGGCUUUCUGGGACUUCCUCGUCAUCUUUUUCUGCCUGCCUCUGGUUAUAUUUCAUGAAUUGACUAAAAAGUGGCUGCUGGGAGAUUUUUCCUGCAAGGUGAUCCCUUAUCUCGAGGUUGCUUCCCUCGGAGUCACCACCUUCACUCUCUGCGCACUGUGCAUCGACAGGUUCCGAGCAGCCACCAAUGUGCAGAUGUACUAUGAGAUGAUUGAGAACUGCUCCUCGACGGCAGCCAAGCUGGCCGUGAUCUGGGUGGGCGCCAUGCUGCUGGCGCUCCCCGAGAUCGCCCUUCGGCAGCUGCUCACCGAGGAGACAGCGGCCUCCUCGUCAACUGUGGACCGCUGUGUCGUGAAGAUAUCUCCCAGGCUGCCGGACUCCAUCUAUGUGUUGGCGCUGACGUAUGACAGCGCCAGGAUGUGGUGGUACUUCGGAUGCUACUUCUGUCUGCCCACGCUUUUCACCAUUGGGAGCUCCAUUGUGACUGCCAGAAAAAUCAGGAAGGCAGAGAAAUCCUGCGCCAGAGGGAAUAAGCGUCAGAUUCAGCUGGAAGGCCAGAUGAACUGCACUGUGGUGGCUUUGACCAUCCUCUAUGGCUUCUGCAUCAUCCCUGAAAACAUCUGCAACAUUGUGACUGCCUAUAUGGCCACUGGGGUCUCCCAGCAGACGGUGGACCUCCUUCAGCUCAUCAGCCAGUUCCUCUUGUUCUUCAAGUCUUGUGUGACCCCGGUGGUCCUCUUCUGCCUUUGCAAACCCUUCAGCCGUGCCUUCCUGGACUGCUGCUGCUGCUGCUGUGAGGAAUGUGGCCCCAAGUCGUCCACUGUGGCCAGCGAUGACAACGACAACGAAUUCACCACCGAGCUGGAGCUCUCCCCGUUCAGCACUAUACGGCGGGAGAUGUCCACCUAUACCUCUGUGGCCACACACUGUUGAAACCUGGCACGCUGUCCUUCGACAAGAUGCAAAGGUUGGAUUUCUGAGACAAGUGUCCCCUUUUUUGUUGCCACGUUUUGACAUCCUUUGGGAACAAACUUGAUGGCACAUCCCUUCCAAUGUGACCUACAACACCUUUGAAACUGAAUAUUCUACCAUAUCGUGACAGAUGCGUCAAUGAGGAGGUGGGCUUGGCAGUUCCCGGAGGUGCAAUGGAACGGUCGCCAGUCUGAGCGACGUGGCUGCAGAGGAGAAACCUGUGGCGGAAUUAGAUCUUAGGGUUCUUUUCCCCCCCUGUCCGUUCAGCGGGAGUUAGUAAAAAGCAGUGUCAUUCAAAACAUAGUGCACUGCAGUGCUGAGUCAAGGUGACGUGAUCCCUCGUCCCUGGAUUCAACAAAAGCUUAAGGGUGGAGUCUGUUAAGUGUGACAUGCACCAGGAAUUAUGUGAACUAGCUAACAUGCUGUCUUUUGCUGUAUCGUAACUGCCGCCAGCAGUCAUCCAUUGACCAUCUGGUUUGUAAGAUUUAAUAUUGGAAGCUGUGUACAUGAGCAGUUCAAGUUCUGAUUGUCCUGAUGUUGGCAAUAUAUGGUUCCUAUUUUGUGAUGUUUGUUUUGUAAUAAUCAAGUUAUAAAUCAAAAACAUAAUUUUACUUUAAUGUUCCUCCAUAUGGGCUCUGUAACCAUUUGAGUUUUUUUAAAGAAGUUUCCUUGCAAAUAAAAUCGUAAGUUAA